AUGCUUUUGAGACUUGUACGUCGGUGUGUUGAGUGGAAUCGGGAGGAGGGGUGUGAUGUGGCAGGGGCAGUAGCUGGUGGCACGGUCCAUGUCGUCAUUAUUGAGUUGUCGGUUAAAGCUGCCACUAAAGUGUUGAUAGCUCUUAGUGCACCUAAAGAUGAAAGCACGAGUGCUGAGUGUUCUACAGCUACUGGUGAGGCUAUCGAUUUGGUGACGUCGUAUGUCAGUGUGACAUCGAGAGCCAAGACCUUGGAGACGGCAGAGUUGUGCGGGUUCUGGGGUUGGUCAGACAUGGCCCAUAAGGGAUUCUUGCUGCUCAUUGAUGCCUGA